CAAAUUUCUCCAGAUCUGGUCAAAUGUUGGCUUCCUCCGUCGAUCUGGCAUCUCAAAUUUCUCCUCUCCAACGUCUCAAAUGUCUACUCUCCGACGCUCAAAAUCUCGGGGAACUCUCUUGAUUUCGUCUUCGAAUCGUUAGUGCAUUGAACUGUUUGUCUUCAUCAUAGCAUUGACGACGGUCGACGGGAACUCGUAUUCUCUUCGGUGACUCUCCUAUCCUUUGAGACACUUGACUUACAAGCCUGCCAGUUGCAUCUAAUCUUUGCGUAGGUUGGCAUUGUUCAUGCUAUCAAUAAGCUUCAUAGUGAUUUACCAGGUUUGAACUUAGCUACGUCCCUUCAUGCACCAGUUCAAGUGUUUGUUGCCAGAUAAUGCCUGCAGCUCGAGCUUUUCCUCUGGAAAAGCUUAUGAAUGCACUUCAUGUAUAUCAAAAGAAUAGCUUUCAGUCAGCAAAAAAUAUUUAUUGAGUACGUCGUGCUGGAUAAGGUGAAUGAUGAAGAGCCACAUGCUCACCAGCUUGGCAAACUGCUAGAGACAUCUCAAGUGGUAACAAUUGAUGUUGCAAGUCCAGAAGCAGGUGUGAUUAAAGAGCCUGUAGCCAAAGGAGAAACUGUGGAAACAGGUUUCAAAAUCGCUAUCAUUUCAAAGUCUGGUGAAGGUGUAGCUCAUGUAGAUCCCUUGGAGAAAAUACCAGAGAGGGCUGCUUCUAAGCCAUCUCUUGCUGAAAAGAUAGAAGAGGUGAAGCCAAAACCCAAAGUUGAAACAGCACCUGUCUUGGAUAAGCAGCCUAAAGCACCCUCUCUGCCGCCUUCUAAGCGCUCUGCAACUGAGCCCCAGCUUCCACCUAAGGACAGGGAAAUUCGGGGCAUGGCAUCUUGUUAGGAGUGUUUCUGCGUUGGGACGUAUGUAUAUACCCGUUGAAAGAAAGAAAGAGACAACAAAGGCACAAGUACAAGACAGGACAAGCGUCACUCAUACAAACAUUAAGGUUGGACCACAAAGACAGAAGACUGGAAUGUGGCAAGAGCAGAGCAUGAGAGACAGUAAUGGAGAGAAAAUAAAAGCUGGAAAUGAAUCAAGAGGAAGGAAGGGAAGAAACUUGAGGAAAAGGGAGUGAAGGGAGAGUUUCCAGCCUCUUAAAUGCUGGAUAGUUUAUGUUUUCGUUUCUUUUUUUUUUUUUUUUCUGCUGAGUUUUAUGCUGAAUACAGUAGCAGAGAACUGUCUUUGUAUUACUGAAACCUUAUCAAUACAAUUAGUAUUUUUCAUA